AUGUCCAGGUUGAAACACAUCCUCGUGACUAUUAUUAUUACUCUUCUUGUAUUACUGUAUUUCGUGAAUAAAUCUCCAACACCAGAAGUAAAAUCUGAUAAUGACUUCGCUGGCAGUGAAUCUUUUGAUUCAGUACAAAAUAACGAGGACCAAGGUUUUACACAAGAUGAGACAGGAGUUGUGAAUGAUCCAAAAGGACGAUUAAAACUAAAACUAUCAGUUACUCAUGUCUUUAUCACUUCUGCAUACUUCUAUCCAAAAUCUAAAUCGUUAGGAACCAAUGCUGUUGCCUUAAACAUGGUGGUGGACACAAUUAACUUCAAUGUCGAAAAUGCCACGUACAGUGUUGUAGGAUCCAAUGGAACACAGGAAUUAACAACACUUGCUUCAUCGAAAAUAGAAGGCCAUCCAAGCUGUCGCUAUGCUGCUGCCAUGGCCAGUACUAACACUGUAGCUAACCUUCAAAAAUUGGAAAUGGAAUCUAAUGGAACAAAAGUGGAGAUCCCGUUCAAAAUGGCACGCACCACUGCUCCAAAACCUGUUGUCAUUUGCAUUUCACCUCAAUUCGCCGCCGAACAAUGGCAGAUGUUUGUGAUGCAUGUACACGUGGCAAAUCGAUUUGGAGGUCAUCUUCAUAUGUAUGUCACUUCAAUGAUUGAAUCAUAUUUCGAACUAAUGAAAGAGUAUGAAAAACAAGGAUAUCUCACAUUGGAUUACUGGCUUAGAAUGAAGUUCAGUCAUACAGAAACUCCAUAUUUCGAGCCAAAUGGAAAUAUCGAAUGGAGAAAUCAAGCAGGAGCAGAAAUCGAUUGUCUUCUACAGUAUAAGGAAGCUGCAGAAUACAUUGCAUUUUUCGAUAUGGACGAUAUUCUGUUCCCUGCAAAUUAUCCAACGUAUUUGGAAGAAUUCAACGCUGAAUGGGCUUUGAUGCCAAAUGCUACAUCUCUAUUUUACGGUCGAAGAGAACAUGAGUUCAUUAAGGCUCAGACGUUGGCUGAAUUCAGUUUCACUGAGCUUGUCGAUAACCUUCGAUCCUCUCCAACUGUGAAACGUGGAAAAGUAGUUGUUAGAGGAGAGACCUACAAUCACACAUGGAUUCAUUACAGUUGGCAUGAAAAUCCAGCAACCAGACACAACGUAUCUUUCCCACAUCUUGUUCAUGUCCAACGGCCACUUCAGAAGAACGGAGGAAACGAUAUUACUCAUGUGUGGAAAAUGGAAUUCGGACCACUGAAUGAAACAAUCAAACCAGAAGACGUGAAGGCGAUUGAAGAAGACGUAUGGAGAAUCAGAAAUAUUUCGAGAGUUGCUGAAAUCGCAAAAUAUCUUCCAAGUCAAGAUUUUUAUCUCCCAAUUGUAUUCAAGUGUUACUAUGAUUCAUUUUACGGAUGGGUGUUUGAUAAGCAGAAAAAAAAAGGACCUGAACAAUGUCCGAAUGCAGAUCUCUGUGAAUUACCUCAAAGAGACGAUUAUCGAUGUAUUCAUUCAGAUGCUGAAUAUUAUUCUGGUCCGCUUAUGGAACCAUUCACUUAUCAUUUUUCGAGUGAUCCAUUCUGGUCUAAAGAUAUCGGGUGUUAUCAGUAA